AGGAUGGAUUUUGUUACGGUUGAAACAAGAUAUAUUUAAUUAUUUAUACAGCCAUGGUGGUCAAUUUCUUACGGUUAAGUUUCGGAUCAGUUUGAACUUUGAAGAGGAAUUAAAAGUCCUUGAAGCUGUUUUCAAUAAUUUUAAUUCAAAAGACAUUUUGUCUGGUAGGUAUAAGUCGUAUGAUGCAUGUACCUGAUGUAUAUACAAGAUAUUUACAAAGUAACUAAUUAAACAAAUGUAUUAAAGUAACCAAUUAAACUAAUGUCCAAGAUUUUGUUCUCAUUAGCAAUACAUGAUACAUGCUCCACCUCUGAUGCUCCACUAAAUGCCAUUGCCCAUGGUUGACCUUGAGUAACAAUGUACAGUAAGGGGCCGUACACAAAAUAUGUGACUUUCAGGGGGUGGGAGGUGCUUGAACAUUAUAGUCACAUAAUGUCACAAGGGAGAGGGGGUAUCACAAAGCACUGUCACAUAACUGAGAGAUGAGGGUUUAUUGUCGAGUUCUUACCACAAAAAACGUUAUAUUGGAACUGGCAUGAAGUAUUUCCAUUCCAUGACAUUAGAUUGAUCGGUUACGCUGACACUAUAUUCCAAAGAAACUGUGUCAUGUUGAAAUUGUGUGAAAUUGUGUGAACUGUUGAAAUUCUGUGAAAACACUCCGUCCUCUGGGCAUUGUGUUUCCACACAUUAUUCUCCAAUGUUUUAUAUUUGUUAAAUAUAAUUCAAUUUGUUUUGGUUUUGUGAAUAUAUAAAGUGCUCAAUACUAAAAUAAUAGCAGCUAGUGCAUAUUAAAUUGUCUAUAUCUUGAAAUUAAAUAUCGCUAUUCAGAGUUUCACGUCCUUUCUAGACGAUCAUCUGGCGAUUUUUUCUUGAUGAUCACUAUUCAAAUGAUAAAAAAUCGAUCACCAAAUUGAAAAAUAAAAAAUCGCCUGAUGAUCGUUUAACUCUAAGCGUGCAAAGCUUAAUGGGAGUACAAGUUUCAAAUACAAAUUUGCAGGGACGCCGGAACUGGGGGGUAGGAGGGGCAGCCACCCCUGUUGCCCUUUACCAGGAGGGGCAAAUGUGCCCUUUCAAUUUAAAGGAUUGCCGUGGCGAAAUAGCAAAUUGUAAGAAAUGUUAGUGCAAUUCUUUUACCAAUUUGCUUCAGAAAAUGCAAAAAAUGCAAUCAUCGAGCCUCAAGAAUAGCACAAUCGCCUCGCGGAGAACCCCCUCACAUCCCUAUCAUCCAAUAAAUAGAAAACGGAUUUAAUUGUGAAUGUUUUGGAAACAUCUCUUAGUAUAUAUCAAUUCGAAAGUGCCCUUUCACGAAAAUCAUUGUUCCGGCGUCCCUGCAAAUUUGUUCCAAAUGCAGUUAAUGUUAAUUAAUACAAAAGUUUCAAAUACAUUUUUGAAAACAAAUUGUGUAAACUUAUUUCUCUAAACUUAAAAGGGUGUUCAAAUAACUACAAAACAGCGAAGGGUACUGUACAUGUACCAUAUUUCUUCCAUUUAUAUAGCCCUCUGAGACUUAAUUUUUUCCAGUGGGUCAGGAUUGGGUGCUUAGUAGAAGGGGACUAAAAUAUAAGUUUUUACGUUCUUGCAAAAAAGUUAGAGAACCAUCAAUAUGGGAACAUUUUGAGAAAUUGUUUAGCUGAACGUGUACUUGUAAGAACAGAUCUUGCUAGAAUUUGAUCCACCCAGGAUUCUUAGGUACCAUCUUUCCAGUAUCCUGCCAGAAUCAUGUAAGGCGAUUCCAGACUCCAGAUGGUGCAGCGCUCUAACCAACUGAGCUACAAAGCUAGUUGACAAGCAUUUGUAUUACCACAAGUUCUUGUAUAAAGUGGUGAUGCCAGUAUAAGGUAAUUGGCCUGCAUGUUCGAUUCCUGUCAGAGGGCCUAUAUGUACAUUUUCGCAACUGCUCAUGUAUGGUUAUAUAGGCCUGAAAAAUGUAUAUAUUAAUCUUCCGCUGGAAAUUUCCAUGUACUAAGCCCCAUCUACCUGUACCAUGCAGCUUACCCUCUAUAGGAUUCUGGAAUGAAUUCUUAUGGGUAACUGCUAUAUACUAGGAAUCUUGCCAGUUUUCUAAAUAUACUUGCCAAUUCUACCAGACUGAGUACUCAUGGGCUAUUACAUUUAAUAUCCGUACCCCCCCUGUCGAGGACCUCAUUUUCCAAGGGGGAAAUUACUCAUUUUUUCCAGAGGGGUAAUUGGGAAAAAUGGAAGAAAAAUGCUCUUUCCAGAGGGGUUAAAAAGCAAAAAAGCACUUCCAGAUGGGGUUCAAGUCUCUUCCAGAGGGGUCAAUUACACAUAUUUUUUUGCAUUCCAGAGGGGUAAAAAUCCCCAAAAGCAGAGGUCCUCGACAGGGGGGGUUUGGUUUUUUAAUGUAAUAGCCCCAUAUAAGAAUUCAUUCCAGAAUCCUAUAGAAUCAUACGGGGAUCCUGCCAGUAUUUGCAUUGCAUUUGCAGUAUUUUAUAUCAGCCUUUAUGUUAGCCAUAUCACUCGUGUACUAACCGUAACUACUUUCAUUUUUUAGCCGUAUCAAUAUUAUACUGUACGCGUAUUAAUGUUUUUCAGGUAUCCAAAGAAUGUUUGGUGUAACAAAUCUUUUAUUGAUAAUGCUUUUCCUUCUUACGGAUCAAAUAUUAUGUAGUAAUAAUAGAAAAGGUCUUUAUUGCGGAGGUAUGAUUAAUAGCAUAUCAUGUAUUUCUCAGGGUCUUCUUUGCAAGUUGCAAUUGAUGUCAUCUUAGCUGAUUUUCAAAACACACGUGGAAACAAUGGCCAAUGGGUGAUUCCAGCUAUAGAGAGGGUCCUGAAGGGGUAAAAUGGGAACUGGGAUUGAUCUAUUUUUAGACUGGUAAAAUGGGAUUUGGGUUGCUGGGACUGGGAUGUGUAAUAAAAAUCCAACUGGGACUGUGAUUUUGCCAAAAUUUCGGAUGGGAAAUGGGAUUGGGACCCCCCCUUCAGGACCCUCUAUAGACUAAACUUUCAUCAAGGAAAAAGAACGAAAUCCAACACCACAGCUAGAAAGAGCGUCUGAGAAUGAGUAGAACUACAAAGAUUGGUUGCUAUUAAAUGUUGUAUAAUGAAGAAAAUAUAGCCUUGCGAAGUUCGCAAAAUUUUGUAUAUAUUUGUAUUACGCUCGGUAAAAUGGCUAUUUUUCCGCCGUUAAAUUAAAUGCAAUUAUGCAAAUAAUUGUAAGCAAAUUUUGCGAACUUCACACUCAGGGCUACAUUUUCCUCAUUUUACAACAAUUCGCAACCAAACUUUGAAAUUUUACUCAUUUUAAGAUGCUCUUUCCAGCUGUGGUAAUUUCGUUCUUCUUGUCUAGAUCAACAUUUCGUCUUUAGCUGCAUUUAGCUGCAUGGAAUCAUCCGUUAGAUAUAAAUUAUUUAGCCACGAUCUUAUCACGCCACAGACCAUUAAUUAAACGGUAUCCACCUAUAAUCGUUAAUAUGUCGUAAUUUAACACAAAGUUAAUCUUGCGCCCAAGGGCCUGUUUGCAGAGGUGCCAGAUCCAGCAAGGUUUCCCCAGAAAAUUUUGAAAAUUAGAACCCUAGCUAGAAAUGCCAUUUUCUGCAAUAUGGGCACUGCAUGAAUUGUGAGCUCCAGUUUGACUUCAAAUAAGGAAAAAAAACUUGGAAAUUGUGCCAUAUUUCUGAAUUUGAUUUUUUUGCACCCCCCUUGCACCCCUGUUGACCAAGCCUGUUGACCAAGCCUGUUGACCAAGGCCAACAGGGGUGCACACCCCUGUGCACCCCCUAUAAAUCCACCCCUGUUUGUCCAUAACUGGGUACGAGUUCGCCUGUUUAUAUGAUCUCGGGCGGGCGGGGCGCGACGUAGACUUGCCCACAAGUCGAUCUCAAAUAGCGAGCGGUGAGCGGCAAAAAAAGGCGGGACGUUUCAUCCUGCCGGGCCGGAAAACUUUGUCGGGAUGACUGGUUUUAAAGAAAAAUAUUGGGAGAAAAAUAUUGCCAUAUUUUUUAAACAAAUAGCUUGACUUUUGAUGGACUUGCACAAGGAUAUCAUAUGUACUGUGAGAAAUUUUAUUCAGUAGGGACAUUUUCCAUUUUUUCUGCUGCAGGUGUGAAGAAAUAUUACUCUUAGAUUUCAAUAAUAAUAAUCAUGGCAAUUUAAAAAAAAAUUGCUUCUUCUCUGAGCAGAUAACCAUUGCAGUUGGCUACGAAUUAGCUAAUGACCUGAGAGUCUGCUUGGCACUCUCUAUAUCCGAUAUCCUGAGGGCACAUGCCGUACCCAGACUGCGCGCGGUUCCUAUGAUAUUAACCUUGGUUACUAUGUAACCUCAUUUAACUACUAAGCUAAAUUACCAUGUGGUGCAUUAUAGCCAGACAAUCUCAAUUCUAUUUUAAUUUUAUUCUUUUGUAGUAUGUAAGAUAAUCGCAGAUGAAAUAAAUUGGGACAUAUUACAAGUAGAUCCAAGAAAAAUUUUAGAGGUUUGUAAUUCAUGCAUGACCAAAACCUUACAGUAUAUCCUUAAUGAUAUGACGUUGACUUUCAUGGUUAGUUUUUGAAAAAAUCCGUUGCCAAAUGAUCUUUACGCAAUUUUUCUCGCUCCUUUUAAAAAUUAACAUUCAUUUAAUAUACACACCCCUGUUAUUAUUAAUGAGCUUUAUUAAUAUGGAUGAGUUUUUCUGAGGGAUGAGUUCUUCUUGAGGGGUUUAAAAAUCUUAAGACUUAUGCCUCCAGGAUGAAGAUUUUCUGGUGGUCAUCCCUAAUUUAUUACAACUUCUUAGCGUUUAUAAUAUUUGAAUAAAAUGUAUCCGAAGGGUUGUCUAAAAUAUGAAAAAUCUGAGCAGUAUAUUAUUGUGGAUGAGAUUUCUGAGAUUUUCCUUGAAUUCUAAAAAAGGUCUUAGGGUUUUGUCCACCAGGAUGACUACAUGCAGUAACCUACAAUCUACAUAUUUAUGUAUGUAACUGUAUUGUUGUAGGUUGAGAGUUUUCGUAUUGAUUCACGUGGAAACCAAAGAAGCAAGACGGUAUGCAUGAUCAGAUCACUUCAUUAUUAGCCAUUCCGAAGUUGAUGAGAGGACUAGGGACGAGUGUCAAAAAGUGCCAAAAUUAAGAAAUGAACCAAAUAACUAAAAAGACCACCUCAAAAUUAGUAAGUGUGCAAAGUUUGAAGACGUUUACAUGAAUACCCUUCGAAUAAUAAGCUUUCGAAAAUUGUAAAAUUACUGAUUAAAAGAUUGUUUUUGGGACACACGUCUAUUUUUGACGUGGCCUUUUUAGUGAUUUGGUUCAUUUCUUAAUUUGAGCACUUUUUAACACUCGUCCCCAGUCAACUCAUCAAUUUCGGAAUGGCUAAUUGUAUUCAAAUAUAACGCUUUUUUGCCUGAGACUGAUUAUGCCAUCUUUUUUUACCACAAUUGUUGUAGAUUCCUUACGCUCGCUCAGAAACGCAUUUGAUUGAAAUAUUGGAAAAUGUGUGUGAGAGGAUGAAUAAUUACGCCGAGUCGACGGACAAAAAAACAGGUCGUAAACGUUACAUACGAACGUCUUCACGCACUGGGGAAGCAGUUACAUUAGAGAAUAUUUCGAUGAGUGGAGAUAUAGCUAAAGCUUUAAAAUUUGCGGUAAGUACUGUUAUCUUAAAGUGUCAGUUUUAAUAGGGAGCAUCAAGCCUGGUUCACACUAGCAAUUUUGCCGGCGAUUUUGUGUUUCUAACGGAUGCAAAUGAGUGAACUCGCACACAAACGUGUAGAGUCGCUUUUCAGAAGUAAACAAUUCUAAGUCUUUUGCAUGUCAUUCAUUCGAUCACAUUUGCCAGGAGGAGAAAAAUCCCCGAUAGGAUUGGUAAGCGACGUUUUUAUCAACGCCGAGGGGGAGUGGAUUAAAAGUUAUGUUUGUAUCAGUUUGUGGUAAUCCUCAACACAUGUGACAAAAGAUAAGAUUUUUAAAGUUUUUGCUUCCUUGCGUCAUAAGCGCCAUGAUGCAAAAUGCAGCCCGAAUUAGUUAUAUAUACCAAUUUUCGGGUGACGUCUGUACGUGUUGGCUCUAAUUAACUAAUGACAUAUAAAUUACUUUAUAUGUAAUUAUUUAUUUUAUUUUAUUUAUUUAUUUAUUACUGAAUUUUUAAAAAGAUACAUGAAAAAGGAGUUCUUAAUUACCAUGUAUUUACAAGAAUUAGAUUAUUAAAGACUAUUAAUAACAAAUAUUUAAAUAUGCUUACAAUUAACAAUUAAAACCUUGAACCUAUAUCUGUAUUUAACAACUAUUAUUAUAACUGUUUAUAGCGUACAAUAAUGGACUCUUCCUAAAACGUUCUGUCCGAUAUUUAAAAUUAUAGUAUUUGUUAUCAUUAGAUCUAGUAACUUUUUGUCUUAGUUCUCCAACUUUUGCCAUGGAAGGAGAUAAUGGAGUCUAUGUCCCUCCGACGACAUUUUCCUGAUAAGUUCCACACAAUGUUUUUCACGUCUUUCUUUUAAAGUAGACAUCCGGAAGUGUGCUAGAGAUUCAUUAUAGUCCAUCUUAGGGCAGAUUAUCCUAAGUUCUCUUUUUUGUAUCCUUUCUAAGUCCACACUUUGCGCAUUGGUUAGACUACCGUGCCACAAUACAUCGCCAUAUACUCUGAUGACGAUCUAAUCACAUUGCAAUAAAAUUGUAAGCAUAUCAUGUGCUGGUGCGCGUAUUUCUUCAGAACUUUACGAUAAUAGAUUCUUUUGCGUCCUUUCUUAAUAAUGAAUUCCAUGUUGCUGAUCCAUUUAAAAUCGUUAUCUAUCCACGUUCCUAACAGUUUAUAACUUGUAACUCUUUCGACUAUACGUUCAUUAAAAGAAAUAUUAGGGAUAUUACUCCUUUGUGCGUAAAGAUCAAUGAUCAUUUCUUUGGUUUUCUUUGGAUUUAGGACCAUUUUCUCGUUUGUACAGAAACCUGGUAUCCUUUGAAUGGUAGCAGACAUGUUCCGAAUGGUUUGGUUUUCGGUAUGAUCGGUAACAUUUAAAAUUUCUGUGAGCGUUGUAUCGUCAAUGAACAUAGAUACUUGUUCCUUUUUUGACAUGGGAUCAACUACUGCAAUGUUCGAUAGCUUAUUAACUUUUGCUAUAAAAGCAAAAGGACCUAUUUUGCUUCCUUGCGGUACUCCAGCAUUUACUUCCCUGAAAUUGGACAGCUCUCCUUCGAAUUUCACUCUUUGGGUACGAUCCGAAAGGUGCGAUGCCAAUCAAGGAAGCAAGGCUGGACGCACUCCAACAUCUUUAGAAUCUUUCAACAAAAUAUUGUGGUCAAUGAGGUCAGAUGCUGAUGUCGAGAAAUCGAGGAAUACUAUGCGAAUAACGGUGUUGGGGUUCUCCAAAGCAACAAACCACAUGUGAAGCACCUCUAGUAAAGCUAGCACAGGUGACGAACCUGGUAAUCCUCCAAACUGUCGGUCGUUAAUGUUUUCCUUUGCAUCAUCAAGCAUCCAUUCCAAAGCAUGACUUUCUUGAAUCUUUGAAAGAAUACUGGUUAUAGCUAUUGGUCUCACAUUUUCAGACUCUCUGCAUGGUUUAACUUUAGGAAUAGGACAGCAAUUAUACGCUUUCCAAAUCUUACCAAUACGUUUCUCUCGAAAAGAUGUAUUGAUAAUAUCCGUUAAUGGAAAGGAUAGUUCUUUGGAAAAGCGUUUAAUGAUUUUCUGCAUGAGGCGGGUCGAAAGGGCCAGUUCAUUUCUUUAUUCGAUAGACUCUUCCGAAUUUUUCACACGAAUUAAACAAUAGCCUGUGGGAAGUCCCAAGGCAUUGCUAAACCAGUCUGGGGACUGAAAUGCCUGCCUGUAAUGUAAUGCUAAUUCCUUCUAGAACGCUUGCCUGCAGGCUAGCAUAACAGAAUAGCAGGAUUUUGGGCAUCUCACUCAAUAGAACUAAUUGUAGAACUGAAGGGUUUUGUAGAUGGAAAUUUUGAGUGUAAAUUUUUAUACCAACUGACCUACAGAGGUCAGUUGUCAAGCUUUAACUCCAAGUUGAUGCAUACAGCUAUUGCAAUUAAGGUUGUCCACGAGCAAAGCGGAAAAGUCGAAUACGAGCGCGAAAGGCUGCUGGGAAUCGCUAAAAAAUUCAUGAAUUUCAUAUGGUAAUUAUAUUAAUAUAGCAUUUGUAAAUUCUGAACGCUGAUUGGCUAAGAGCCGUGUUGAUAUAACUCAAUGUCAACACGAGAAGUUCCCCGCCGCUUGUAAAUACGGACAUUAUAAAAAAAAUAUAAAACAUUUUUUCCGUAUUGAUAUGUAUAGGUUAUCAUAUAAGGGAUGAGGUGAUAUCAGUUUUAUCGCUCGAGGGAUGAUAUCACAAUUGUCACGAGCGAGCGAGGGACAAUUGUACAAUUGUGAUAUCGUCCCGAGAGCGAUAAAACUGAUAUCACCGAAUCCCGAGUACGAUAACCUAUUUAUUAUAUACUUUAAGUCUUGUACCUUUAUCAGGGUUAGAAACCCAAAAGUAGCAGUUUUGACUGAAUAGUUUUGAGAAUAGGAUCAUUUUAAAAUUCAAAAAAUUUCAUCAUUUACUGAACAAAUAUGAUUUUAGAAAAUAAAUAGACCAUUCAUAUAAAUUAUAUACAAUUUAAGUCUUUCGUUUUGUAUUAUCGAUCUUGUUUCCUUCGAUAAAACUGUCGACAUCAACCGACACGAACCUCGAGUCGGCCAUCUUUGUUUUGACAAGGCGCGAAAUUUAGCGGGACUUUUACGAUAUCCGGGACAAAAAGCGAUAUCCGGGACAAAAAACGAUAUCCGGGACGAUAUCGUUUUUAUGCAUAGAUGUUUUUAUGUCCCGCUACCACAGAAUAGAUAUAGGGCCGCUGCUCCCUACCUGAUAAAGGUACAAGUAUGUGAAAAAUAGUUAUAUCAACACUCGUGGAAGUUGGGAAAACUCGAAAUUGUAUGAAAACACUCCGCCCUUCGGGCGUCGUGUCUCCAUACAAUUUCGAGUUUUCCCAAUUCCACUCGUGUUGAUAUAACUGUAUACCAACACGGAAAAUGUUUUAUAUUUGUUAAAUAUCACUCGAUAGAGCUAAUAGACAACUUGCAUGUUAGACUAAUUUUUUAUUUAGGCAAAAAAAAGUAAAUGCCCGGGCGUAAAGAACUUAUUAAAAUAAGUAAAAUUGCAAAAUGUGGUUACGAAAUGUUGUAAAAUACAGAAAAUAUAGCCUUGCGAAGUUUGCAUAUUUUCAGUAUGUUUGUAUUAGGCCAAUGAAAAUUGAUAUCAUGUUUCUCGUCCACAAUUUUCAAAAAUUUGGAGCGGGAUUUUUUCAUUUUUCAUUAUUUAUUGUAUUUGAAUUCUGCUUGACAAUAAUUUCCUUGACCCAGUAAAAAACCCAUAAAAACCAUAAAAGUAAAUCGGUGUAAAAUUCAUUUUAAUUUAAUACGUCCUACACUACAGUAUAUUUCUACACAUACCAGGGCUGACAUGAAAAAUAGAGGCAUUCUGGCGAGUAAUAUCUUUAGAAAGAUACAAUUUGAGUUGCGCUUGCGGAUUACAGCAAUAAGACUUUGAUCUGGAGAUCAAUUUGGUGUUUUGUUAAGCCUAUUUUUCAAAAAUAAUGAAUAAUGAAAAAUUUUUGUGCGGCAGAUAAAUCCCAUGCGGGCGGGGACGAGAAACAUGAUAUCAAUUUUCAUUGGCCUUACGUGCGGAAAUUGUUACCAUUUUUGAGCCGAAAUGGUAACAAUUUCCGCACGUAAUACAAAUAUACUGAAAGUAUGCAAACUUCGCAAGGCUAUAUUUUCUGUAAUGUACAACAUUUCGCAACCAAAUUUUGCAAUUUUACUAAUUUCAUUAUUUUCUUUUUAACUGCUGUGUUUUUUCCCCUUCUCUUUACUGUGAUUAGAAUUUAGUCUAACAUGCAAGUUGUCCAAUGGCAUUGUAGAAGGGGUUUUCUUCAGAUAUAAUUUUUUAUACAUUUAUUAGAUCUAACCAAGAGAUGUUGCAAAAAAUGCAACUAUAGGCCCUCUGGCAGGGAAUCGAACUCGAGUACCUGAAAAAUAGAAAAAGAACUUCGACAUUUGCAGUCUUUGCAGUGAAGGCCCUUCAUCAGGUAGCUAGUAAAGUAGCGUGGUGGGUGGUAGUGUAUAGGUACCCAUGCGAGACGAAGGGCCAAAUACAUAUUGGAAUUUUAACAGACACUUUCACAUUGUCUUCCUCGAUUUCAAGCUACUGUAGUCAAGGCCGUCGGAAGUAAAUCAAUAGACAGAUUUAGAUCGAGGACGUCAAAGACGACGUGAAAAUGGCGUGUUGUGCCCAUGUAUGGAUAUGCACGCCACUUUGCUCAUAAAUCUGAAUUGCACACUUUUCUAGUUCUUUUGUGUGUUUUUCUAAGUAUACAAAUGGAAAUUAUUGCCCCCCCCCGCCCCCCCCCGCUUUCGACUGCCUUGUGUAAAGGCGGUUUUUCAGUCCUCGCUGCGAGUGCAUGCAUGAGCACUUUCAUCCAAUCACAAUGCAAAACGGUUAAUUUUAAUUAGAUUCAAGCACUCGCAGCGAGGAGCUUCGUGCGAGGUCUGGAAAACCGCCUUAAUGCAGGCUUUUGGAUUGACAUGGUGUCUAACUGAUCUCAUAUGUGGGAACUGGAUUAUUAUGAGUUAUUCAUAUGGGGGCCUGGCAUGUUUUUCUAAAUUCUGUUCACAUGGGACUUACCAGGAGGAACAAAACACCUGGAUUACAAGCAUGCCAGUCCAGCAUGCUGAACUGUAGUGUAGCCUGCAUGCAAUCUUCUCAUGACAUUGUCGCAAGCAGUAGCUGAACGGGAGACCAUGUUACAUUUAAGGCAUUAUUGCAGCCACUGUUGCAGCAUGUGAGAAAUUAAAGGAAGUAAACCUCUUGAUGUUGUAAUGCAAAUUUCCUUUUCGCCUAAUAUUGCAAACUACUGAUCGUAACAUGAUACAGUAGAUAACAAGGCCAAACAUGAAACAGACAUUAUAUUGCUUGUUGCACAUUUUCAUUAAUGCAUAUUCAACCAUUUAAUUUUUAAAAAUUUAAUAAACACUCAAAUGUUGUCCUUAUUAGGAAUUGCACCAGAACUCGGUUCCAGCUGGUUAGUUCCGGCUGAAACUCUGGCCAUGGCUUUUUAGAUUUCCGGUUCUUGCCAGAACUGAUGAAAAAACCAUUGGCUGGAACCAGAACUCAGUCUUCAUUAGAAAAAAAGAUUAUAAAGUUUAUUCAAUGAAUAUGGACCAAAUAUUUGGACAUAUCAUAUUACUGACAUCAUUUUAAUAAUAGAUAUGCAUACACCAUUAAAGUAUAUUUCAACUUUUUAGAAUUUGAGAUCCUGUUCAAACCGGAACUUAAAAUAUUGGUUCUGGUGCACUCCUAAUCAUUACUGAAAUAAUAUUAAUUAUAUAAAUAUCAAAUUUUUCAAACCAAUAGACUGUGCUUUCAUUCUUCCCCCAAUGGCCUGAUUCUCAUGUGGUUAUUUGCUCAUGUUUUGUGCACAAUAUGUUUAAGGAUAGGCCUGCAUGUGAUUAGGUUCAGUGUCAAAGAAAAAUGUAUUUGCACACAAAACAUAUCACCUUCAUGUGUGCUUGCCAUGUUAAAAUAGGCAAACAUGGAAAUGAGGCAAUUGGGGCAAAAGUACAAUAAGCAGUAAAGCAAAACAGUAAAAAGUCUAUUGUUAAAAUAUUAGUUGAAAUUAUUCAAAUCCGUUGUUAAAGUUAAAUCCAUUUACCAUGCUUGAUCUUUAUUGGUAAGAAGACAUCGGUCAAAAAUCCAGUUGAAAUCCCAGACAAUGCUUGCAUUUCUGCUUUGUAACCUGUAUUCAACAUCACCAAUAAUUCCUGUUGCAAUGAUCCAUGAGCUUUCAGAUAUGGCCUAUCCAACAGAUGUGAAAUUUUCAUUCGAUCCUGCUCUGUGAGUGGAAUCUGGGCCUCUUGGUUGAUUGAUAACCUUUCCAAAUCUGUUGGAAGUACACCGAUACAUCGCAUACAGGAUACUGUUAAAUUAUCAGCAUCGUAUGAUUGUGACAUCGAUCCAAAUCGAUAGACACACAUAAUUUCGACACCAUGUGGGUCAGCAUCCACCAAUGCUAGUACAGGAAUCUCUAGGUUUUCCCAAAGUCUUUUCACCAGUAGACGUGUGUUGAGAUCUGGGAAUCCUUUCCCUGUUAUCAUGAUAAUUGGUUUGAGUUUUUCCAAAAUAUUAUCAUCUAACAGUCUUUGGUAUGUUGCAUCUUUCUCGACUACUAGGAUUGCUUUUGCAUCUGAGCAUAUAUCAUAAAUACCAUGAACAUGAGAAGGUAUUAGUAUGCCAUUCGGGUUCCCACUGCAGUUUAUGAAGUUGCCAUUGUGCUCUCGGAACGACAGCUGCCCACUUACAUAUCCUUUCGAGCAAGCUAGAAUAUGCAAUGAGUGUCGAGGGACAUCGAACAUACAUGAUAUAUCAUCGACUGCACGGUCAACUAUAGUCUGACUUCCAAAAAACGGCACAUCGUUGUAGAAGAUGUCCCUUUUUGUUGAGUAAACAUUCUCUUGCAGCAACCCAUAUGCAAUACGUAAAAUUUUUAAAGUUAUUGCAUACUUUUGCACAGAAGAGCUUGCGUUCAGUUUCAUUGAAGUUUCUGAAGCAUUUUUGUUCAUCCCUACACCGACAUCUUCUUCAAACGUCACAUUUGCCCAUGAACAUCUGUUCUUGAAUUGAAUAUCUGGCAGAUUAUUUUGACCAAGUUUAAUCAGCAAUCCCUCGAUAAAAAAUUCGAUUUUUUUUAUAACUUCUGGUCUCGACGUGUCCUUGCAAGGUGGAUUACGUUCUCUGCCUAGCCUUGAAAUCUGUUUAGUGCGGUUUUCUCUUCGUAAUAUCGUGGUUAAAUGUUCAAUUUCGUCCCAGAAACUAUUUCCUUCGUAUUUUGCAGCCGCCAUGUUGUAUAAAACAUUUCACCUGGAUCACUGACCGCGAAAUAGGACUGGAUGGAACAUUUAUAUAAAGGUGGUUCAAAUCUGUAUACUAAAGAUUUUCCUGUUAAUAUAUUUUAGUUUUUCUACUUUCAAAUCCAUAUAGUCGUUGCUUUUGGCCACACGGGAGCGCGAAAUUUAUUGUGAUAGCUCAGGGCGUAGUAAAACACGUGUUUUACACAUGAGCGUACCGGAAGGAAAAAAUUAGGGGGGCGGAAAGAAAUUUGCCCGACUUUUCGGGAUUGUGCCCGACAAGUACCGAAAAAAUUUUUUCCGGAAAACUUAUUUUGGCGAAACCAAAAAAUUAUUUUAUUAAACCAAAAUUGCCCGACUGUUGAUCGAAUAUUGCCCGACUGCCCAACAAACUGGGGGGCUACCGCCUACACACAACAUGGCACAAAUUUAAUUUUUUUUGCGUUUGUUGCGUAGAGACUAGGUUAGGGUUGUUCGAGGCGUAUCACGAUGACGUUUAGCAUGCACCCUCGAACCCUUCCAACGGUUUGCGACUUUACGUGUGUUUACGAAUAUAUCUAUCGCAUUAUAUCAGAAAUGGCGUGGAACAUCGUGGAAGUAGAGUUGAAGUAAGAGCCGGUUUCAGAAUUACUUUAGGCUUUCAGCAAAACAAUAAAAACCUCUAAAUCUAAGCCAAAUGUUCAAAUUUGCUUAUUCAUCUUCUUCGAGCUCGGAUAAUUCUUCCUCUAGCGAUUCGGAGAGCUCCAGUUCUUCCUCAUCAAGCUGUGAUUUUGAAAUAAUCCGACCAGUCGUUACGGGCCAGUGAUAAUGAACUCGGGGUGCUAAGUUUUGCUGUUUCUGAAGUUUCCAUGGGUGGUUGAAGUCCAUUUGGCCAAGUUUUGGCCAAAUUUUGUUCCCUGAGCAACUCGACCUGCUUUAACAGAAAGCCAAUCCAAAAUUGACUUAUUGUAUUUAAUUCGCUGUCUUCGACCUGAGGGGAAGCUAACUCCAAGUUAGUAAGGAGCGUCUAACUAACUCCCAGAUCUACUGUAUUAGUACAAAUAAUAUAUUGUGACCGGAGAGGAUAUUGUGACCAAAAAGGCUUUCGAGAAGUCGAGCAAGCAGCUGUGUACGUAUUUACCCGGGGAGUCUAGGUACGAGAGCCAGGUUUGAAGCAUGUCCAAAAGGCAAACGGUGGCCAAAGUAGCAUUUUUCGCAAUUUUCUAUGUCAAUUUUUCAGAACUGUAAUUCUCAACGCUCACGAAAGUAUUGCUGAUGCAUGACCUAACUUUCUGGGCGGUUACUGCAUGCAUGAUCUUAAGAAUGUUUGCUUGUUUGCUAAAUUGAGGAACAACAUAAAUUACCCUUUCCCACGGUAAUAAUGGUCUUGGUGAACAACUGGUUCAAAUUCCAGCCUGCCUCUCUGAGCCAUCAACUACAUGUUAAUUAUCGGGACUUGAGGUAUCUUAAUCAUUAUUGAAUAAUAUUACUUUUGCUAUAGUGUGAAAGUGUAAUAGAAGAUCAUGAAGAAAUGAUUGUAGAUAUUUUCAAACAAGAACGCGAAGAUACCGCUGAUGAACUCUGUCAAAAACAAACAGGUAUAGCAAUUAAUGAUUAGAGACCUUACACAAGCAUGCACGACGAAACGUCACCAGAUGCCCAUGCA